UCAGUGACUAAACGGAGAUCGCCUCGACUGUAUGCUGGCUCGGGUCUCAUCCAUCUACAACAUCAACACAACGCAGACACCGCUAAUCAACACCGGUUACAUGAAUUCACUUUGAGGAGGAGGCAUCAUACUUAACACAGGAAGGAGUUGCAGCAUCUCUCAGCUAAAGCAUUGUUUCAGGAACAUUUCAUCAACAUUUCAUCAGAACAAGAGAUAGAGGAAGCAGAGAGAUGGAGAAUCACGAUGGAUGAGUUCAAACAGAUUAAAAUGUCUGUAUUUCUCAUUCUGCUGCUUCAGUUUACAGGCGCUGCAACCGGACAGCGUUUCCUCUCCCUCUCCGUCAGAGUUGGUGAUGAAGCCACUUUGCCUUGUAACGAUGUGAAACAUUUUAAGCGCCAAUGUUACGAUACUACUUGGAACUUUACUGAUUCAGCAAGCACUGUAGAGCUGGUUAAAGGUGGGCAGAUUGGUAAAAAUGCUAAAUCAGACAGACUGAGAGUUACAGAGAAUUGUUCUCUGGUUAUAAAGAAGGUCACAGAGGAGGAUGCUGGAGAUUACACCGGCAGACAGAUCAGACCAGGACCAGAACAACAAGAUUCAGUGUCUGUGGUUGUUCUGUCUGUUGUUACCAUGACUGAAGAUCAGGACAAUGAUGAGGUGACAUUAAACUGCUCUGUGACGACACAUAGACGGUGUGAACACUCAGUGAAGUGGCUGCUUCAGGGUCGAGAUGUGGAUAAAGAUCAGAGAGAUAUAAAGACAUCACAGUCUGUGACAUUUCCGAGUUCUCAUUUUAGUAACACAUCAUGGUCUGAGUUAUAUUCUUGUGAAGUAACAGCUGGUGGCAACGUGCAGACCUUCAGUCUUCAGUCCGCAGGUGAGGACACAGCAGCAGCAGCAGCAGUGAGGGACACCAGAUCAGGUUUCACUAAGACAGCUUCUGUGAUCACUGAAGAUGCAAAAGGUUGGUGGUGGUGGAUCAUCGUUGGGAUCGUGGGGGUUGCAGCACUCAUAAUCAUCAUCACAUUAUACACAUCCCAUCGUUUCAAAGUUUCACCCUCAUUCCUUCAAGAUUUAUUCUCUUGCCUCUUCAGUACAGAGACCUCAGACGAAUGAAAACAUUGUGCGUUAUGAUGUAGAUGGUGGUACAGUGAACUAUGACAACAUCAGACCUCCUGAUGGAGUUUGAGCAACACUUCUGCCUCCAUCAGACUCCACUGAUCAACAACGUCUACAUCUAUCAUCGUGUUUCACAUCAGGAGUGGAAGAUUAUACAAUCAUUUUCAGUUAUCUAUUGUAUAAAUUAUGACAUUACGCAGCUGGAUUUUAACUCAGUUUAACAGGAAUGAGUUUUUAACGCUUGUUUACUUUCUUAUGUUUCAGAGCUGAUUUUAAGAUGUAUUGCUUGUUGUUGAAGCUACAGCAGAUUUAGCUCAGUUUAAUAUUUCUGUGUGCAGAAUAACUUAUUUUAGUCCACUUUCAUUUAGCGUUGCUGUUAACAUAACAUAUUAGUUUUCAGCAUUAAUUGAGUCUAAUCUAAUUGAGUCCUGUUUUCUAUACUGUAUAUGUGCCAAUAAAGACAUGUUUAUCUUAGA